ACUAUGCGACUCUUAACCCAAAACAAUCCACGGGAACUCGACAGUGGUGUAGUGCUGAAAAGCAGCAACUUGGAAUUGGUAUAAAUCAAUUUUUUUGUCCAUUUUAAGUUAUAAAAUGCCAGUGUGCCAGUUUUUUGUCCAAGGCCGCUGUAAAUUUGGUGAUAAGUGUUGGAAUGAACAUACUAGAGAAGGAGGAAGAGGCGGCGGCUACAACAGCAGUAACCGCGCUCCUCCACCGCAGCAGCAGUCCCGAGGCGGCGGCGGAGGAGGAUUUAGCAAUAGGGUUUGGGUGAAUCCUUCCCAACAGAGAGGGGGAUACGUGCAGCCUUCAUCUUUUGGCUCUCGGGACAAUGAUCAGUGGAGCCGCAGAGGAGACGGUGGAGGUGGCGGCUCAGACUGGGGCAGAGGAGGUGGAGGAGGUGGAGGAGGUUUUGGGAGAAGAGAAAAUAUUAAGAGUUCUGAAUUUGGAUUUUCACAAAAUCGAUUUUCAGCUCUCGACUCUCCAAGCACAUUUGAUAAAGGCAGAAGAGCUGCUACAACACCAAGAGGCGAUGAAGACAGUAGCAGAAUAUGUGAAACUAUUCAAACCGACAUGGAGGUCUGGGAGAACUCAGGGCAGUGGGGCUUUUCAACUUAUUCUCACGCCAAGAAUCCACUCUCUGGUUUUUCAGACCUCUCCCCAGAAGAGCUAAGACUAGAGUAUUACACUUCAAGAGCCUCAGGAAACCUGCAAAAUUAUAUCAAUGGGGUAAAUCAGCUACUCACCCAGUGGAGAAGUAGAGUUCAGGAACUCAAAGUAAUGAAUGCCUCAACCCGAGCAGCUUUGAUAACGGAACUAAACAGCUCUGUGCCACAAGAAUCCUCAACAGGCUUUGGGUCAACAGUCACCGGAUCAGCAUUUGGCAGCAAAAGCUUUGGAGCAUCAGACCAGCUAAGUAGUUUUAGCUUUUCUGCAGCCACUGCGACUGGAUUCGAUACUCCUUCAGUUUCUUCCUCCACAGGAUUUGGCAGUGCCCCCACAGCACCACCCCCUUCUGGUUUUGGUAGUGCCCCGUCAGCACCACCACCCUCGGGUUUUGGUGGUGCCUCCUCAGCACCACUCCCCUCUGGUUUUGGGGCUACACCUGCUCCUUCAGCCUCCACGUUUUCUUUUGGUGCCUCAGACAAAACCUCCACCACAGCACCUUCAGGCUUUGGUUCUGCAUCAGGCUUCAGUUUUUCUUCCGGCACUGGAGGAGGGUUUGGCACUGGCUUUGGGCCUCCUCCCACCGUUGGAACUACAAGCGCAUUUGCACAACCAAGUACAUCUGUGCCUGCUGUCCCUGCCAGUGGAGCAUCAGACUCUCUGUUUUCUACUGAAAGCAGUUUGACUUCAGAGGAGCUCGAUCAGUUCAAAGCUAAAAGAUUUACACUUGGUCAGAUUCCACUGAAACCUCCUCCUGCUAACCUGCUUGUAGUGUAAUUCAUGUAAAUUGUAUGAUGAAAGUAAUGUGAAAAAUUCUUCAUACAGCAUAACUCAAUAAUGUAAAUUUUUCUUUGAGAUACUUGGAUUUAUUAAGAUUUUAAACAAUAUCUUUGCAUAGUAAAUAUUUUGUGUCAUUAAAUUAUUUUAUUUUCAAA